AUGUCACCUAAGUCCGAACUUAUGAUCUACAUCGGCGUUGCGGAUGGUAUGGAAACGAACUUCAAGUUCAUGCGCCUACCCAACAAUGUGAUAUUCACAUCUGCCCAUGCGUUGUUUGACGAGACACUGUUCCCUAAGUGUGCGAAGCAAAAGCAAACGAAAAACACGCGUAUUGGAGGUCCGCGAUCCAAAGACACCAACCACCCAUCGGGUCAACCACCCGUUCCUUGGGACGACGAUGAUGAAAUUCCGUCGACUCCUGUUCCCGCUAUAACUCCUGAAAAGGGGAAAGGCAAGGCGCCAGACGUGGCACCUGAGCUUCCUUCGACACCCAAAAGAGAGCGGUCGAGGACUCCUAGCCCAGUACCGCCUGAACAACCAUGGCAAUCUCCAAGGAGAUCCGGUCGUCUCAGGAAAGUGCCGAAACGAGAGGGCAAUAUAUACGGUGAAAGGAAACAUCCUGUUUUCCAAUACAAGCAGAUUGAGCGUGAACGCGCCUGGAAAGACUUGGUAGAGGGUGGAUCCUCACCAGGCAAAGGCAAAGCGUCACGCAAGGUCUCUCGGAAGCAAAUGGUAGAGAGCGAAUUAUCGCCUCCACCAGAGGACGAACCGGCUCCUGUGCCUAGUUUACCACCUCAGACUCCGAGUAAAAAGCGAUGA